AUGCUCUCCCUGAAGCUGAGGGCCAUCCUGUUCCCCUUCCAGAUGGAGCCGCGGCGCGAGGAGCUGCUGCACGAGCUCGGGGAGAUGUGGGACGAGAUCGGGGAAGGGGAGGAUGACCGGCGGGGGAUGCUGCACGCGCUGGAGGAGGAGUGCCUCAACGUCUACCGCGCCAAGGUCGAGCAGGUGCGGCAGCACAGGGCGCAGCUCCGGCGGGAGAUUGCCGACUCUGUCGCCGAGGUCGCAGCCAUCUGCGCCACCAUCGGCGAGCCGCCGGCCACCGUGCAGACGGCCUGCUCCUCGCUGCAGGGCACGGGGAGCCUCAAGGAGGAGCUGGGCUCGAUCGCGCCGGAGCUGGCGGAGAUGAGGCGGCGGCGGGAGGACAGGCGGCGGCAGUUCUCCGACGUGACCGAGCGGGUGAACAGGAUACAGCAGGAGAUGAACCUAGGCGGCGGCCAGCCUCGUGUCGUCGCCGACGGCUCCGACCUGACGCUGACCAAGCUCGACGAGCUCAGGGCGUGGCUGCAGCACCUGCAGUCGGAGAAGGAAAUUCGCACCAGGAAGGUGGCGGAGCUCGUGGCGGAGCUCCAUUCUUCAUCCUUGGUUCUCGGCAUGGAUCCCAGGGAGAUCCACGCCGCCCAUGGCGGUGGCGACGACCACGCCGGCGGCCACUUCAGCGACGCCGCGAUCGCGAGGCUGGCGUCGGAGAUCGAGCGGCUGAGGGAGAUCAAGCGGGGCCGGAUGGAGAAGCUGCAGGACCUGCUGGGCAGCAUGCUGGAGCUCUGGAACCUGAUGGACACGCCGGCGGAGGAGCAGCACCGGUUCCAGGGCGUCGCCUGCAACAUCGCCGCCUCCGAGGACGAGAUCACCGAGCCCGGCGCGCUGUCCACGGCCAUCAUAUGCAACGUGGAGGCGGAGGUGGUGAGGCUGGAGACCCUCAAGGAGUACCGGAUGAAAGACCUCGUCGCCAAGAAGUACGAGGAGCUCAGGGAGAUCCGGCGCCGCGCGCGCCUGCCGGAGGAGCACGACGGCGACGCCGUGGCCAUGCUCGACGCCAUCGACGGCGACGCCGAGCGAGCUCUGAUCCUGGAGCGGCUGGAGGUGCAGAUCUCGGAGGCCAAGGAUCUCGAGUUCAGCAGGAAGGACGUCCUCGAGAGGAUGGACAAGUGGCAGGCGGCGCUGGAGGAGGAGUCAUGGCUCGAGGAGUACAACAGGAACGAGAACAGGUACAAUGUGGGCAAAGGGACGCAUCUGGUGCUCAAGCGCGCCGAGAAAGCGCGCGCCUUGGUCAGCAAGAUGCCGGCAAUGGCGGAAGCUCUGACGGCGAAGGUUGUUGCUUGGGAGAAGGAGAGGGGCGUCAAGUUCGAGUACGAUGGUGAGGGGCUUCUGGACAUGCUGGAUGAGUACGGCAACGCGAGGAAGGAGAAGGAGCAGGAGCGGAAGAGGCAGCGGGACCAGAGGCGGCUGCAGGGCGCGGCGGCGCCGGAGCGGGACGCGUCGCCGGUGGCCCGGCCGCCGCCCAAGAACAUCAAGAACGUGACCAGGACGCUGUCCAUUGGCCGCAACGGCGGAGGCGGCGGGGGAAGCGCCAGGAAGGCGUCGGCGGCGUCGUCGAGGCCGGGCACGCCGAGCUUCCUCAAGUCGCCCAUGUCCGCGCGGCGGGGCGCCAGCGACGAGGGCCAGAUGCUCUCGUCCGACUCCUUCGAGUGAACUCACUGGUUGCUCUAGCGGUCUGUAUGGUCAGUCUGUCCGAGCAUCACUAGGAGAGGAGAGCUCAGCUAUGGCCAUGGACCAUGGUAGUGAGCUGAAAUCACAGU